GAUAAAAAAAAGUCAUUAGUACAUUGAACGACCUACAAAAAAAAAGCCUUGAAAUUGAUAUUAACACGCGAUACGGACGAAGUUAUUGAAGAAAAAAAUCCAGUAGCAUGUGCAUCAAUCGAAAGAAAAUUAACGUGUUUAUGUAAACUGUUGAUAACAUAAAUUAACAUUAUUAAUACAUUUUAAUUGCAAACUCCCGCGGAUAUAUGACGUCAGUAAAUAUUUUGUUUUUAUUCAGAUAAAAAGAAUAUCGCUUGCAGCAAUAAAAAUACCGGUUUUAGUAUAGUGCGUUAUAAUCAGCGGUAUCAAACUGUAAAGUCACCUCAAAUGUAUGUGUGGUAGAGAUGCGAAUAAAUAUAUAAAUAUAUCAAGCGAACUUUGUCGCCAAUUUUAUACUCCAGUUGCUGUAACACGCAUUUACGAUUGAGCUAGUCGUGCAAGUGCUUUUAUUGUCAUAAAUUAUUCAAGAUGCUCAGGAAAAAAAUUUUUUUUUUAUUUUAGGAGAAGAAAAUCUGGAUCAACGCUUGGAGGAUUUUUUGGCGGAUAAAAGUUUUAUUCAAUCGAAUUAUUCGAAUGUCAGUAAAAAAAAUUUGCCUGACUGGUACGAUGAGAAAUUAUUUAAACAAGGCCAGGAUUAUUUCUCCAGAAAUAUGUUAUCGAUGAGCGCUGCCGCCAUGGCUGGAUUAAUAACUGUUCUGACAAUACCGACAACUUUGGAUAUCCUGGUAUUCACCAAGAGGAGCGGGUGUCCUCGCACAGCUUAUCGGAGAUAUUUUGAAACGGUUUUACACAUAUACUCAUUGUAUACCACGGAUAUUGAUGAUCCCAAGUCAAGAUUUUGGAAGUCUCUCAACACGAUUAGAUGGAAGCACUCAACUAACAGCAAAGUUGCUGGAGAAAAAGGCGUCGGUUUUAUAUCACAACGCGAUAUGGCGCUCACACAGUUUGGAUUUACUGGAUAUGCGCUUUUACAACCUGAUAAAUUGGGUCUUACCAAUGAUAAAGCCGGGAGAGAAGGAUUGAAUCACUUCUGGCGGGUGAUUGGCUUUAUGAUUGAUAUUUCCGACAAGGCUAAUAUCUGUCGAGAAUCUGAAGAAGAAACGACGGAAUUUUGUCGUAAAUUAUUGGAUCGAGUAUUCACAAAAUGGAUGACUGACACACCUAAGCAGUUUGAUAAAAUGAUAGGUGCUAUGUUAGAAGGGCUUUGGUAUGUCGAUGUUGCAUUAGAUGCUGACGCUAUGAUGUAUUUUUGGUAUAAUCUUAAUGGCCUAACGUAUAACAAACCUAUGAGUUGGUACAGUAAAUUUAAUUAUGCAUAUCGAAAGUCAAUUAUUUUCAUACUUGGUGUUCCUUUUAUUGGACAGUUAGUAAGAGUCGGAUUUAAUAAUUACUUAAAAUUAACCUAUUGGUUCCUGGAACGGUGGCCUGUUAUCGCAUGGCUGAAGUUCGGCGCUGAAGACAGCAGAAUAAAUUUGUAUCCUAUAUCGACUUAAUAAUUAUAAUUAUUGAUUACAAAUGCGAUGGAUAAGUAAAUGAAGGAGAAAUAGAAUAAAUUAAAAUCAACGGA